CAUGGGUUUGAAGUGAAUCCUAUAAUCAGCCUUUAUUUUCAGGAGUGACUUAGGAUUUUGGCUACCCAUCUGAAAAGGAACUGAUUUCUUUUAUAGAAAUUAUUGAAACAUUCACAGUCUGAACCUGUAAAGAUCUCUACAGUGUGUAUUUAAUCAUUGAAUGACUGACAAACCUUGACUAUUUCUGUUAAUUUAGGUCUACCACCUUCAAAGACUGGUGCUUUAGUUUUGUUUAACAGGCUUUCUUUGGUUUUGAAUAUAUCCAUCAUGACCUCCUUUAAAGUAAUUAAAUCUCUGUGCUAAUAGGAAAUCUUUCAAGUAAUACAAUUCUUUCCCAUUUAGGGGAUCACUUUAAUAAUAUAAAUUAUAUUUAAUUUAUUGUAUUAAUUUUUUACUCAGAAUUAUUGCUAAGUUUAAGUUAUGAGUGGAGUAGGUUAAUGCCAUGGAGAAAUGGCUCCCUUAUUUUCAUAAAUAAAAAUGAGAACUCAAACAAUUAUAAAAAAAAAAAAAAAAUUUAGACCAAAAGAUCGUUCUCCAGUCAGAUAUCAUUAGUCUGUGAAACAGACCUCUGCAGCUGUGUUAGAUGUCUUACAUGCAUACAAUAAUUUGGCUAGUGCAGUGAGUAAGGUGAAAGUUGCAUUUUGUGCCAUUGUGCAACUGCUGCACUCCCAUUGCCAGAAUGACAGAACCUGUCCUGUUCCAGAAAAACAUACUGCCUAUGCAGAUAAAAGUCUCUUAAUUUGGUACCAUCUUGUAGCUGUUUUUAGUUUGUGAUUAGCAGUUAAGUUCAGCUAUUUGGCUGUCUGAGUGAUUUUCAGGUGCUCUUUUCAGUUUCUAUUUAAUCUUUGUCCCAGCCUUCAGAAGGUAUUUGGUGAUUUCUUAGUGCAACAAGCACUUUCUAGAUGGCUUCUUACUGCAAGCAGCAGGGCGAUUACAGCCAGAGAACUUCUCUCAGUGCAGAUGUGUUUCAGGGUGUUUUGAAUACCUAACACAGUCAAGGUUAGUCUCUUAUCUGAACAUUAUUAAUAUACAUAGGCAUAAAAGAGGGAAUGAGGAAGAAAAUAUUCACUGCAGAAGGAAGAAUUCUUUAAUAUACUGUAAACACCUACUCUGGUGUACAUAAAUGUAUCCAUUAAUGUGAGUAAUCUGUAAGAUAUAAAAAUCCAUUUUUAUCUAGCUAAAUAUUUUUUCUGUAGAAAUGUCUAUAAUGCAACCUAAGCACACUCUAAGUAUCUUCCUCUUUAUCUGCCUUUGAAGACAAAAUGAAGUAAUUUUAAUGUAAGAUGCUGGAAGCAUAGUUAUUUGGAGCAGGCAAUAGCAGUGCGACAGGAUUACUGAAUAACUAUUUUCCCUUCAGAUCCUAUAAGAGGGAAAGAAAAAGGAGAAAACAGAAACAGCUUAAGUCACGAAAAAUCAAACCACUGCAUUGCCCUCUCAGCCACUGAAUGUUUUGGGAUGAAAGACCGAAGAUUACAUCAAAAAAGAAAGAUACUUCCUCUAAGCUAUUAAAAAAAACAAAAACAAAAACAAAACAAACCAAAAAAAACCCCCAAAAAACCCUAAAGAAAUAAAAGAAAAACCCACCAAAAAAUCACAGAUUACCCCAGCAUCAGAGGCAGUAGAAGUUAGAACAGGUAGGGGCAUAGAGUAUGGGGAGGGAGAGGGAAGGGUUAAAGGCAUUAUCGCAGCCAUUAGAAAGAAAAGUUGUAGCAAUACAAGCACAGUAGACUUCUCUUUCCCCCCCUACUCCCCCUCCUUUUCUUUCCCCUACUCCUCUCUUCCCAAGCUGGAUCAGUGUGUAGGGAGGGCAGUCAUCACGCCAUCCUGAGCAGCAAGAGCUGACGUUGGACGAAGCUGCCAGGUAGCUGAAAAAAGGCACAGAAGGCAGCUGAUACCCACUUUUCAACGGUUUGUGUUUUUUUCUAGUCUGUAUCUGGACUUCAAGCAACACAGCGCCUGAGACAGCUCAUCUGAACCACACUGUAUUGCAAUACUCGCUCUUCUCAAAGAAAAAGGCUCCACUGAGCAGCAGAAUGCUGCCAGUGUCGCAGCUAGGGCUACUAUACAGAGCCUUUUUGUAACAUUGCAAAUUUCUUUCUGUUCAGAGAUUUGAAACACAUACAUACACUUAUAUAUCAGUUCUUUCUUUUUUGAGGACACCUUUGGCUUUUUUUUUUUUUUUUUUUUUUUUUUUUUUUUUUUUUUUUUUUACCCUGAUGUGACUUCUUCAUCUUGGAACGAUGGGGAUCUUUCUAGCUUAUAUUGGAUUCAUUUUCUUUUCUGUUAUGUAUAUUCAACAAGGACUUUCUACCCAAGCAAAAUUCACAGAGUUUCCCCGAAAUGUCACGGCCACUGAAGGGCAGAAUGUGGAGAUGUCUUGUGCUUUCCAAAGUGGCUCUACUUCGGUGUACCUUGAAAUCCAGUGGUGGUUUCUGCGGGCAGCUGAGGACCAAGAGACUGGAGCUGAGGUGACAGGCACUCAGGUGGAGUUCCUGCCCGAGCGGGACCUGGACAGCGACGGCACGAAGAUCAGCACAGUGAAAGUACAAGGGAAUGACAUCUCCCACAAGCUGCAGAUUUCAAAAGUGAGGAAAAAGGAUGAAGGCUUGUACGAGUGCAGGGUGACCGAUGCCAACUAUGGAGACCUUCAGGAAUACAAGGCACAGGCAUUUCUCAAAGUCAAUGCUAACAGCCACUCUCGGCGAAUGCAAGCCUUUGAGGCAUCCCCCAUGUGGUUGCAAGACAUGAAACCUCGUAAAAACAUCUCAGCAGCUGUCCCAAGUAGCAUCCACAACUCUGCCAAUCAGCGUGUACGUGCCACCUCCAGCCCCGAAGCAGCAGCCAAAAUCCCCAAACAAAGUCCACAAUCAGGUGCGAGGAUAGCUACAAGCCAUGGACUUUCUGUCCUGCUUCUUGUUUGUGGCUUUGUGAAGGGUGCUUUGCUUUAAUCUAAAAGUGCUGACUUUUUCCAAUAUCACUUUCUCUUCUUAAAGCAAAGAGCAAAUCGCCUGUAAAAUCCACGGAGCGGACAGCAAAGUUGACCCUAACCUCCAACCACCACUCUGCACCCAAUGUACUCUAAAUCUCUACACAAGGAGCACCUUCUUCAGGAAGUACAAACAAAAUUACUAAAUAAAUAAAAUAAAAUGAAAUAAAUAUUAUAAAAAAGAAGAGGAUACCACGUUUUCUUGAUAUAUCUUAUUUUCUUUGGCGUAUCACUGAUAUUUUAUUUGAAGAGAACUGGUGUGAUGUAAUCAAACAUUUUGUAACAGCAAGACCUAGUUUUCCUUUUCUUUCGGCAAGGAGAAGCCUCAUCCUUGACUUCUCAGGGGUUGGCCUGCAAGUCCUCAGUAUUACAGAAUUAACCUUGGAUGACAUUUGGUUUCCUACGCUGAAAGAACCAUUCCAGCCUGGAAGCAAAAAGAGGCCAAAUAAUGAAACAAACCAGAGUGAUUUAACAUAAAUAGAAUACAGACAAUCUUUAUCAAAAAGACCUUUUUUUUUUUUUUUUUCUUUUUUUUUUUUACACGAGGGAUAGGGAGGAGAAAAUAUAUUCUACAAAGCAGCUCAGCAGACUAGGGGAUGUUGUUUCUGAAAGACAUACGAGGAUAUUUUUCUUUUGAGAUUUUUUUUUGCUUUUUGCUUUUCAAUAUAUUAUUCUUUUCCCCCUUUGAGUUUUUUUUCCGGUCUUUCUGAUUGUUUCUUGUUCAAUGGUGGCAAGUACCAACUUAGGCCAACCCCUGAUGACUAUGUGGAGGUUUAUAUAUAUACAUCCUUUUUUUUGUGUGUGUGCGUUCUAUAUUUCAGUGUGUUUUCUCUAAUUUUGCAACUCCUGUAUAUGCAAAACUAACUUCAGUUCUGUAAAUUGCUUACAGUCUGUGUGAUAUAACUUCAGAGUAGACAUACUUUGGUCCUCCUGCAAGCCAGUUUUUAAUAUUAUCUAUAUGUGGUGCCACCAAGAAGCAUCUUUAUUUCAUUUUUUGACAAAACACCACUUUUUAGUUUAUAAUUCAGUAAUGUGUGGAUUUUGUAAUGCAUAUCUUCACUUUGACUGGUUUGACCCCCUUCAGCCCUCUGUUUACUCUGUAAAUGCACAUUAAAAUUUGUUAUGGUCUCUAGACAAUGAAUUAUUUUAGUUUGUAUGUUGUGUUGGAGUUCAGAUGCUGAAAGCUCUUUGAACUUGUGAUGUUUAUAGAAGAUGAAGUGAUUCAAUCACUAGAGACUGUAAAAUGCAGGUUUGCAGUCAAGUACUGCACAUAAAGGAAGGUAAGAAACAGAAAAUAGACAAAUAAACCAGAACAUGUCUUUAAGGAUGUUCUUUUGGUAAAGAGUUUUAGGAAAGUGAAUUUAUUACACUGAUAAAAUAUAUUUGCAUCACAGCUCCUUCUACAUGGCCAAAGAAGUGUCUUUCUUUGCUUUUUCUGAAAGUGGAUUGUCAUUACUCAUUGAUAUUCUCAAUUAAAAUACUUUUUGUCUGUGAACUGAAUGUGAGAAUUUUGCUGUUGAAUGAUGUAAUAUGUGUUACAUGAAUUACAUUCAUUAAUGCAGGAAGCAAAAAUUGCUACCAUUUGCAGCUGCAAUCAGGAGGGUUUUUUUUCUUUUUCCUGUCUUUCCACUGAU